UCCGAGAAGUUUGGACAUGGAAGAAUCCAGAGAAGCCAUGGUAACAAUCUAAGGAGAACACAACUUGCCGACCUCCAAAUCCACGCACUCAGCACAGGUGAUAUGGAUCUUUCAGAUGCACUAGGUGGCAACCCGACGCAGGCCGGAGCGCCAGUCUGGCCUGGACAACCCAACCAACCCAACCAGCCAGCGUGGCCUGGCCAACCCGCCAGCAACCCCACCUGGCCUGGGCAACCUAGCCAGCCUGCAUGGCCCGGGCAGCCGAGCCAGCCUGCAUGGCCCGGGCAGCCAAGCCAGCCUUCCUGGCCGGGACAACCAGGACAACCCAGCCAGCCCAGUCAACCCAGCCAACCUGGAUGGCCAAGCCCCGCUCCCCCCACCGCUCCCCAGGUCGCCCCUCAGAGGAGCCUGACUGUGCCAUAUGACCAUAAUUUGGGCCCUCGGGGUAUCUAUGACAGAAUGCUCAUCACCAUCAUGGGACAGAUCAAGCCCAAUGCAAAAGCGUUUACCAUAGACCUGAGCAAAGGGCGGGAUAUCGCUCUCCACUUAAACCCGCGCUUCAACGAAGACGGGCACAAAGUGGUGGUGAGGAACACCCUGAUUGGAGGCACAUGGGGCUCCGAGGAGAGGAACUGUCCUGGUUUCCCUUUUGUUGCUGGGCAACCAUUUGAGCUGAAGAUCCUGUGCCACCAUGAUCAGUUCAAGGUGGCGGUGAACAAGGCCCAUCUGUUUGAGUUCAAGCACCGGAUCCGGGAGCUCAACAUGAUCACUGGAAUGGGCAUCUAUGGAGACGUCACCCUCACGGCUGUUAACAUUGACACUCUACACUGAACUCUAGAGAUAUGAUGGGAGUGCACCAGGCUUCAGUACCAAGGGAUAUUGUGAAUUAGUUAUUUUAUCUGAGAUAAGUCUUAAGGGUCAAACAGGGGGAAAUUUAGAUUAAUUCAGAUUAAUUUACUUACAUUCCUUCAGAUUCACUCAGGUGUAAGAUGUAGUAUACCAUGUGCUCUGAAAGGCUUAUUUUUACAUAAAUACAAUCAUCAAUAGCUUAUUGUUGUAUCCAUUCCAUAUCAUAUUCAUAUUCAUAUUCAUAGUUUAUAUUUUCACUGAUGUCAAACAUGUCAAUAUGUGUUUGUAUUGUAUAAAUAAAUGGCAAACCACC